AUUUCGUUUUUUUGCUUGGGGGGGUAUAUGCUGCUGUGUGACUGAUCACUAACCCUGGAAAGUAUUUCCCUUUAUUGGAUAUUUUGGUGGAUUAUGAAUCCUUGCUGAGAAAAUACACGGGUAGAACAAUGAAGGAACAAGCGCUGUUGUGGUUUGCCUUCGCUCUUGUCGGCUCAGUAACCGGACAAAUCAGCUACACGAUUGCGGAGGAAAUGCAGAGAGGUUCUUUGGUCGGUAAGAUCGCUCAGGAUUUAGGUUUAGAAACGAAACGUUUCAUCUCUGGUAAAGCUCGAAUUUAUACCCGAGACAGCGGAGAGUUCAUCGAGCUGAACAGAGAAAGAGGAGUCCUCCUUGUUAGAGAGAGAAUAGAUAGAGAGGCGCUCUGCAAACAGACGAUGCCCUGCGCCUUACAUUUUCAGAUUAUACUGGAGAAUCCGAUGGAAUUUUACACGGUUACUGUCCAGAUCACAGACAUCAACGAUAAUGCACCAACCUUCGAGAGAGAAAGAAUUGAAUUCAAAAUUAGCGAAUCUGCUGUGAUUGGAGCAAAAUUUGUGCUGGAAAGGGCUGUGGAUUUGGAUGUUGGAACAAAUGAUCUUCAAAGGUACGAAUUAAAACCUACAGAUAAUUUUGCUCUGAAGGUACACAGUAACACGGGUGGAAAUAAAAAUGUUGAAAUGGUGUUACAGAAGCCUUUAGACAGAGAGAAACAAGACCAGAUAUCUCUCGUGUUAACAGCUGUAGAUGGAGGAGAGCCGCAGAUGACAGGAACAAUGCUGAUUGCCAUCACAGUUUUAGAUGCUAAUGAUAAUGCUCCAGUUUUUACACAGCAAACAUACAAAGCUACAGUUAUAGAAAAUUCAUCUAAAGGGACAGUUGUUGCCACUGUUACAGCGUCAGAUGCUGAUCAAGGCUCUUAUGGUAAAAUUACAUAUUCGAUCACAAACACGUUGGACGAUGUCAGGAAAGUAUUUGAGAUUAAUAAAGAAACGGGUGAGGUUACUUUGAUAGGAAACGUUGAUUUUGAGGAAUCGCGUGAUUUUCAAAUAAAUUUGCGUGCCAUUGACGAUGGAGGACUCACAGACUCAUGUAAGUUAGUUGUUGAUGUUCAAGAUGUAAAUGAUAACAUGCCUGAAAUUAAUAUAAUGUCAAAGUCAAACAUUAUAUCAGAGGAUGCCAAUCUAAAUACAGUCGUGACAAUGAUAAACGUUGAGGACAAGGACACGGGAAGUAACGGUAAAUUGCAAUGUUUUUUGGAUGAAACUAUACCAUUUACAUUGAAACCAUCCACAAGCAGUUUUUAUAGCCUGGUGACAGACAGUUAUUUAGACAGGGAGAAAUCAUUUGAAUAUAAUAUCACAGUGACUUGUGCCGAUGAGGGAGUACCCUCCCUCUCCAGCAGCGUCACUCUCACCUUACAGAUCUCUGAUGUGAAUGACAACGCACCUGUCUUUGAGAGGAGCUCAUAUGAGGCCUACAUUGUAGAAAACAACACACCUGGUCUCUCUAUAUUCACAGUGAAAGCUACAGACGCUGACUGGAAUCAGAAUUCCCGUGUUUCUUACAUACUGGAGGACUCCUCUGUUAACGGAGUGCCAGUCUCCUCAUAUGUGUCCGUUAGUGUUGAUAGUGGAGUCAUCCAUGCAGUGCGCUCUUUUGACUACGAGCAGAUCAAAGAUUUCCAGUUCCGCGUCAAAGCGCAGGAUGGAGGAUCUCCUCCACUCAGCAGCAAUGUGACUGUGAAAAUACUGAUCCAGGACCAGAACGAUAACCCUCCUCAGGUUCUGUAUCCAGUCCAGACUGGUGGCUCUGUGGUGGCUGAAAUGGUUCCUCGUUCAGCAGAUGUGGGUUAUCUGGUCACUAAAGUGGUGGCUGUUGAUGUGGACUCUGGACAGAAUGCCUGGCUCUCCUAUAAACUACAGAAAUCCACAGACAGGGCGCUGUUUGAAGUGGGAUUACAGAAUGGAGAAAUAAGAACUAUCCGCCAAGUGACUGAUAAAGAUGCUGUCAAACAAAGACUGACUGUUAUCGUGGAGGACAACGGACAGCCCUCUCGUUCAGCUACAGUCAUUGUUAACGUGGCGGUGGCGGACAGCUUUCCUGAAGUGCUGUCGGAGUUCACCGACUUCACACACGACAAGGAGUACAAUGAUAACCUGACUUUUUACUUAGUGUUGGCUCUGGCUGUAGUUUCCUUCCUCUUCAUCACGUGUUUAGUUGUUAUUAUAUCAGUGAAAAUCUACAGAUGGAGACAGUCUCGCAUCCUGUACCACUCCAACCUCCCUGUGAUUCCAUAUUAUCCUCCACGUUACUCAGACACUAUGGGAACAGGAACUCUUCCACACGUUUACAAUUACGAGGUGUGCAGGACUACUGACUCCAGAAAGAGUGACUGUAAGUUCGGCAGAGCUGGUAGUCAGAACGUGCUGAUAAUGGACCACAGUUCUACAGGAACGAUGCAGAGGAUACAGAGUGAAAAGAGCAUCCUGGACGAACCAGAUUCUCCUCUAGAGGUCAGCAUCACGUUUUUAUCUUUAUUCUGGUCAAUCAGCAAGAAUGUUAUUUUAACGUGCUCCGAUUUUUCUGAUUAA